UAAUUUGGCAAAAGAAAAGAAAUAGCAAAUAAUUGCCGUAUAACUUUGCCAGUCAAUGGCUUUGAGUGUUUCGAAAAAGUUCAAGGGUCGCUAUAACAAAUAAUCCCGCAUAUAAAUGUGAACACAAUAAAGUUUUGCCCACGUAAAUGGGCGUGUGUCAAUAACCAAGGCAACUAGCAAAAACACCCAUUCCUGCAAAAACCGCUUAAACAAAAUCAUUUCGCAGCUUAGAAGGCGUUAAACGCAUUUAGGACGGGUCAAGUAAGUGGUCAAAAGGACAAAGGACCAGCCUCCUGGCGCUCUGUGGUCCCUGGUGCGAGUGUUAAACGCAAGAAAUCCCGAGAAUUCCAACGCUAGUUUGUGAGUGUGAGUGGGGAAAGGAAUCCCAUUCUGCGGAUAGGAACUUGGCUGGGAGAAGAAGUACCAGAGAUGUCAAGUGCCAGGAUGUUGUAGAAUGAGUGACCACGACCACAUCGAUUCGGUGAAUGCCAGCGGGAGUGAUCCGCUCCUGGAUCUGCACAACCUAGAAGGGAGCUUGGAGCUGCAGUGCCUGGUGCAGGAGCACAUAGAGGCCUCCACCUAUGGCAACGACAGCGGCCACUGCCUCACCCAGUUCGACUCGAUCCUGUGCUGGCCCAGAACAGCGCGCGGUACCCUGGCGGUGCUCCAGUGCAUGGACGAGCUGCAGGGAAUUCACUACGACAGCAGCAAGAAUGCAACGAGGUUCUGCCACGCCAAUGGAACUUGGGAGAAGUACACCAACUACGAUGCCUGCGCCCACCUGCCCGCCCCCGAAUCCGUGCCGGAGUUCGAGGUCAUCGUGGAGCUGCCCACCAUUAUCUACUACAUUGGAUAUACCAUCAGCCUGGUAUCGCUCUCGCUGGCGCUGAUUGUUUUCGCCUACUUCAAGGAGCUGCGUUGCCUGCGCAACACCAUACACGCCAACUUGUUCUUCACGUACAUCAUGUCGGCUUUGUUCUGGAUACUCUUGUUAUCCGUCCAGAUCUCCAUCCGAAGUGGAGUGGGCAGCUGCAUUGCUCUGAUCACCCUGUUCCACUUCUUCACCCUGACCAACUUCUUUUGGAUGCUGGUCGAGGGUUUGUACCUGUACAUGCUGGUGGUUAAGACCUUCUCGGGGGACAAUUUGCGCUUUAAUAUCUACGCCUCCAUAGGCUGGGGUGGACCGGCCUUGUUUGUGGUCACCUGGGCUGUGGCCAAGAGUCUGACGGUCACCUACAGCGCCCCCGAAAAGUACGAAAUCAACUGCCCCUGGAUGCAGGAGACCCAUGUGGAUUGGAUAUACCAGGGACCUGUCUGUGCGGUGCUAAUCAUCAAUCUCACCUUCCUGUUGCGCAUCAUGUGGGUUCUUAUCACAAAGCUGCGCUCGGCCAAUACAGUGGAGACUCGCCAGUAUCGGAAAGCUGCGAAGGCCCUGCUGGUGCUAAUCCCACUUUUUGGCAUCACCUACCUGGUGGUGCUCGCUGGUCCAUCGGAAUCCGGCCUAAUGGGUCACAUGUUUGCCGUCCUGCGAGCGGUAUUACUCAGCACUCAGGGAUUCUCGGUGUCGCUGUUCUACUGUUUCCUCAACUCCGAGGUGCGAAAUGCACUAAGACACCACAUUUCCACGUGGCGGGACACGCGCAACAUCCAGUUGAACCAGAACCGACGUUACACGACGAAAAGCUUCACGAAAGGCGGUGGUUCCCCUCGAGCCGAGAGCAUGCGACCUUUGACCAGUUACUAUGGGCGUGGCAAGCGGGAGUCGUGCGUGAGUUCGGCCACCACCACCACGCUGGUGGGUCAGCAUGCCCCACUUUCGCUCCACCGGGGCUCCAACAAUGCCCUGCACACGAUGCCCACCCUGGCUUCAAAUGCCAUGAGUUCCGGCAGCACACUAAGCGUAAUGCCCCGGGCCAUUAGUCCCCUGAUGAGGCAAGGACUCGAGGAGAACUCGGUGUAGACAAAUCCCUAGCAACUGCAUCUUAAGAGACUGAACUUUCAUUGAAUUCCACUUCCGUGUCGCAGAUCUGCGAGUGCGAUUAGUUAGCUAGUACUACAUAUUUAAGGCUGGAGUACGAUGAAAGGACGAAACCAAGUACCAAGCGGAGCAGCAAGCAACAUAAGUUAGGUCAAUCGUUUUAAACUGUUAGAUGUCGUAUAUGUGAACAGCUGAGGGCCCCAUAACCAACCCAACCAAUGCCAUGAACUCCAACUGUAGCUGUUG